AUGACCAAAGUUAAUCAAACAGUUGGACAUGGCAGACUGAUUGACCCACCGUCCAGGUCGUCCAUGUGGAGAUACGGUUUCCCAACUAAACGUAAUUUCAAUGAUAAUGAACUUUUUUGUGGAGGCUACCAGGUUCAGUGGAUGCUUAACGGAGGAAAGUGUGGAAUAUGUGGAGAUGCAUGGGAUGUACCGCGUCCUCGACCAAAUGAGGCGGGUGGUAUUUAUGGAAAUGGAAUAAUCGUGAGAAAAUACCGAAAUGGACAAGUAAUCACAGUUAAAGUGCAAUUAACUGCAAACCAUUUGGGGUUCUUCGAAUUUAAACUAUGCCCAAAUAAUGAUCCCAAAAAAGUUGCUACACAACAGUGUCUAGAUCGACAUCCUCUUGUCCUGGCGGAUGGAUCAGGCUAUAAAUACAACAUACCUCAUGCAAAGCCAGAUACGUUCCAUAUCCAUGUACGACUUCCACGAGGACUUUUCUGUAAACAGUGUGUAUUCCAGUGGACUUAUACUUCCGGAAACAACUGGGGAACCUGUGCAGAUGGCACGCAACGAGUAGGAUGUGGCCCACAAGAGACUUUCCGCAACUGUGCUGACGUCGCUGUUGAAUAG